ACAAACAUAUGCCAAGAAUUUUGAUUAGGGUUUAUCGAAGAGCAAGGGCGGGAGGGAGUGAUGGCGCUCGCUCGUCGCGUCUCUAGAAAGGCUUGUGCCACGCUCCUCCUGUCGAUUCGAAGGCAUAGUACUUUCGGCAUUGCCUUUGACAUUGAUGGCGUCCUUGUUCGCGCAAACAAGCCGCUGUGUGGGUCAUCGCAGGCCCUUGCUCGUCUCUAUCAAGAGCCCUCUUCAAAAAGCACGUAUGUUGCUCUUUCUUCUUCUCUUAUUGAUUUUUUUUCCCUUUGCUGUGCCUUGCAGCCACGCUUCGUGUCCCUUUUAUACUUUUCACAAACGGUCGGUGGCGGGUACACGGAAGAGAAGAAAUCCUUGGAGCUGAGCGAAUUGCUGAAGAUCAAGUUGUCAAGUGAUCAGGUGUUCUUGAGCCACACUUCCUUCAAGGAACUUGCAAGCUGCUACCGGGACAAGAGGACGCUGGCUGUUGGCAAGGGCGAGCCGGCUCAAGUGCUGCGGCACUACGGGUUCAUGAACGUGGUUGCGAUGGACGAUUACGUUUGUGAGUUUGAAAGCAUUGAUCCAUUGGAACAGUACAAGCCGUGGUCGAGAGCUGGCUCGGCAACAUUGGCAGGGAGGGAAUCGCAGGACGUUCAAGCUGUUUUUAUCGUAAGCGACCCUGUUGAUUGGGGCCGUGAUAUACAGGUGGUUUCUGAUGUUCUAAAUGGUGGAGGCAAUCCUUUAAAAGUUGGUGGAAAGGCUCCGCCUUUAUAUUUUGCGGCGGAUGAUCUUAUCUAUCAGUCAGCAUUUCCCGUCGUGAGAUAUGGGAUGGGAGCAUUUCGAAUCGCGCUGGAAAGCGUUUAUACCAGAUUAACCGGCAUGCCAAUGGUGUACACGUCUUUCGGGAAACCAAAACCAGCGACGUACAAACUCGUUAGAAAAGAAUUGGAGAAACUUGCUGGCUCUGUGGAUCCAUUGCAAACGAUCUACAUGGUUGGUGACAACCCGGCGACUGACAUCCGCGGUGCAAAGGAGGCAGGAAAGCCAUGGUUUUCAAUCCUCGUGAGGACUGGAUGCUUCAGGGGAAUCAACAACGACGAAGAGUUUCCAGCCGAUGAGGUCGUCGAUAACAUCGUCGAGGCAGUAGAUUUUAUAUUGAAAAGAGAGGGACUAGAUUGAGACAUCAACGUCGGUGUAGCUUGUAAGGACGUCUGGAAUUUUUAAUCUUUUUUUCCUUCU